UGGGUUGCAUACUUAAAAAAAACUAACCGCACUUUUUUGGCGCCAAAGUAAUUUAUUCUUAUUUUGAUAUUCAUUUGCGUUUGUUGUUAAUUUUAAACCAUGUCCACACCAGAAUUCAAUGAAGAACAUUUACCAGAUUUGCUACCACUUUACUACAAAAGAUUAUUCCCCCAUGCAAAUUUCUUUAGAUGGUUAAGCUAUGGGGAUGUUAAUUCGUUUGCACACCGAGAAGUCUCUUUUACCCUUCUUGGAGAUAUCUACAUUCGUUUCCAGUCAUUUGAUAGCUAUGAAGACUUUGUAAACGAAUUACACAAGAAAUUCCCCAUCAAAAUCGAUAUCGGCGCUGUUUAUUUAACAAAACCAAAACAUAGAGGCCCGGUAAGCAGUCUAACACCCUUGGAAAAAGAAGUUGUUUUUGAUAUUGAUAUGACAGAUUACGAUGAUAUAAGAACCUGUUGCUCCGGUACUGAUGUGUGUGUAAAAUGUUGGAAAUUCAUGGUGAUAGCUUGUAAGAUUCUCAAUAAAGCUUUAAAGGAAGAUUUUGGAUUGAACCACACUUUGUGGGUGUUUUCUGGUAGAAGAGGUAUUCAUUGCUGGGUUUCCGAUGUGGAAGCCAGAAAGUUUGAUGAUAAUGUUCGAUCCUCCAUAGCUGAGUAUUUGCAGUUGGUUAAAGGUGGAGCCAAUACUAUGAAGAAAGUUUCCCUGCCUGGGGAUAAAAUACACAAAUCUAUCUUGAGAGCAAUAGAAAUAAUAGAUCAAUAUUUUGAUAAGUACAUUGUACAGGAACAAGACAUUUUGGGUAAUGAGGAAAGAUUAAAUAAAUUUUUAAGUGCCAUUGAUGAAGGUAUAAGGCAUUUUUUUAAAGAGGAGUUAAAAAAACAUGAGACUUCUGAAAAGCGGUGGGAAGCUUUUGAAAGAACAUUUUUGGAAUUGUCACAAAAAGGUCUAAUACCAAGGAACUUAAAAAAUUUACGAGAAGAAUUAAAAUUGCAUUAUUCCUAUCCCAGAUUGGAUAUCAAUGUAACAAGAGGUUUAAACCAUUUACUUAAAGCUCCAUUUUGUGUCCACCCAAAAACUGGAAAAGUUUCAAUUCCAUUCAACCCAAAACUAAUCGAUAAUUUUGAUCCAUUUAAAGUACCAACAAUAACAGUUUUGGUGGACGAAAUUAAUGCGUACGAUAAAAAAACAAAAGAACAAGAAGAAUCAUUGAUGGAUGCAGAAGACUCAACCGUUGCAAAAAUAAAAAUUAAAGACUAUAAGAAAACAAGUUUACUAAAAGCUGUCGGAGUUUUUGAAGAGUUUUUACGGAAUCUUGAAAAAUCAUCCAAAGAUAAAAAGAAUGGUAAUACCACGGAUUUUUAAUAAUUUAUUUAGCUUAGCUUGUAAAAAUAAAAUCCUUUUUACUUAA